AAUACCAAAAUAAUCAAAAUGGCUUACGUUCUUCACCAACGUCCUGAUGUUGGAGGUAUCAUAUGGAGACAAGGCAACAAUCUCAGCGUUGUGAUCGAGCGUUGAAUUCCAUGUGUGUGCGUUGAACUUCAUGCAGUGUUCUUCAAUUAAUAGAUGUGCCGCUAGUGAACCCGGUUAUCAAACCAUACUAUAGAGACGGCUUUGGAAGUAAAUCAAUAGGCGAGCCACAAUGGAGGCCACAUCCUAGAAAUGCUCUUUCAGUGACAGAUAGACUUGACAACACAGCGAGGUGAGUAUCUGGUGGGACUCUUUUUUUUAACCCUUGGGAGCGUAAGAAAAUCUUCGUUCCAUUUUCCGUACAUUUUCAUGAUUUGCUGUUGAAAAAGAUGGUUCAAGGUCCAGUUCAGUUUCCAGAGGUUUUCUCAUUUCUAUUUCCCAGUUAAUCUUAGGCCCCAGUGACUUCCUGCAGUGAUGAGAGUCUUCAUUCUCCUAACCUGCCUACAUAAAAUUGUUAUAUAAAGGUUAUGAGAAGUUUUUGUUUAAAUCACUGUUAUGUGUGAGAAGGGGUCAAUAAGUUAUUUAUAAAAAGUACUUAGCACACACAUAAUUAAGGAGGGAACUCCGGGAACAGGGGGGCUGGGCAAGGAUGCCAUUUGCUUCACAGCGGGGUCAUAGGGUUACAUUAUGGUAUGAGAGUGUUUGGGAGGGUCUUCACGGAGAAGGUAGCAAAGGUAGGGUUUAUGCCUGGAUGAUGGCAAAAACUAGUGCAUGGUGUGUGAAAAUUAACAAGAAAGGUAAAUGUGAUGCAUGAAUUUAUGAAUUUAUUAGUGUAAAUGUGACAAGCAAAAUUUUGUGAAAAAUGGGAUCCUUGCCUGUUGUUCAUGUGGAAGAUUUUGUGGGUUCUAGGCACCUGUAAUCCAAUGUGCCUAACGUCCCCUUUGAUUUCAAACCUUAAAUUUUUCAUCUUGAAACCUGGGGGAGUGGCAAAUGGCCCUUCAAAAGCUAUGCAUCAAAUUUCAGUGAUCUCACAGUCUCAAAUCCUGCUUGUGUUGAUAUCUCAGUCUUAAUUUCUUUCGCAAGACUGAGUUUUCAGAAAGGGUAUCCAUCUUGCCGUCAGUCUCAAAUUUACUACUUGACACCCUAACUUGGGACAUGAUUGCAGCUGAGUUUAUUAUUAAUGGCAAUAUUACUAUGUUCUGUCAUUGUGUUCCUCAGAGGGGGCAAUGGUCUUGACUGGGUCUCAAGUAUUCGCUGUGCAUCCCUGGAAGAAACAAGACCGUCCCCUCCCAGGCUAGAAGAAAAAGCACCUGUAAAUCAUAGUACAAAGGAAAGUUAUAUACUGACCAGAGAGCAAGGUAGUGAAAUGAUACCCAGUGAAGUUGGUGCUGGAAGGGAGGAGAAACCUGCAUAUGUUCAGCCUACUGUUGUAUAUGACACUUAUGAUGACUUUGAGAGAAUUUACAUGAGAAGACCACUAGAGAUAUCUUUAAGAAUGUCUGUUGGGGCCAAGAAACAAGUGUUUGAGAACAGAAAUGGUAUCCCUAUAGCCUCACUAGGAGACAAAAGCUACCAAGUUCCAGAAUAUUCUUUGGACUUCCACAAGCAGGGAAGCACAAGACCUGUUAUUAAUUUUGGCGGAUCCUUAAAAUGUGUUCCAGACACUUUUGUUCCUCUUCAGGAUUUACCACUUAAACCUAGACUCACAUUUGAAGAAAAGCAGAAGAAAAAAUUAAAACGGGAAGAAAUUGAAGAAGUAAAAAAUCUUGAUCACUGGCAACCAGCUGAUCUGCUAUCGCCUGUGCUGCAACUUCCUGGUACACAUGGAUGAUGUCAUCAGAAGUUGUGAUCAAACAGAACUCUCUAUUGCAGAUAGACAAUUAUUAUUAUUUUCAAUUUUACAAUUUUAUUUAUGGACAUUGACCUUGGCAAGGAAUUGAACAGCCAUUUGGAAACUUAUUUUUACAAAGUUAGAAUUUAUACAUGAAUUAUUGUAUGUCUUGAGAGGUUUUGUAUGAUUGUAAACUAAGUGAAAAAGUAGCCAGUUUUUUUAAUGCUUAGGUGUGAAGUAGUAUUUUACAAUGUAUUUUUGAAAGCCUUUCUUAAAAUUUUAUUUAUAUAUUAUUCUUGUACAGUAAAAUAAUUAGACAUUUUUUAAUGCACAUAUUCAAUAUUUUUCAUUCAUAUUUGUUUGAAAUCAGUGAUAUUUUUACAUUGUACGGAGUAGUUUUUUAUGUAAUUAAAACUUGUUUGUUUGGUUAAUUAUGUGGUAGGUGUCUUGUUUAGACUGCUUUCAGAUGUACAUUUUGCCUACAAGCAUGACAAUAGGGGAAGGAAUUUCUAUAGAAAUAGAAGACAUGUUCUCUGUGUUUCUAUCGAGUUUUAGUAUAAAUCUACAAGCAUUCUAUCACAAAUGCCAUUUCUCUG